ACGUUCCGGUUACGCUAUAUCAUCCAGUGUUUGCUAAAUUCGUGGAGCAGCUAUCAACUAUUGAAAUCACGGAUCAAGAUUGUAAGCCUGUACUGGACGCUAUGUCAACGUCUUACUCAGUUGAAGAUAAACGGAAUGACAUGUUUCGUGAUUGGUUAUCGAAUUACAUUGGUUUACCCUCUGCUAAACUCGCACUGCCGCAAACUGGGUUUGUUGUAUAUUUUGCUGGUCCAACCCUUGGAAUAGGAGGAGUAGUACCUUCACAACACAUCCACUUAUGCAUAUCUUUAAUCAGCACAUGA